GAGUUUGUCUCAAUUUUUUUAAUGAAGGGCCGGCCAGUGCAUUAUCAAUUGAGAGGAAUAACAGGAAGGAAUGCGCGACUCAUGAUUAAAUUACUAAUUUAUCAUAAAUCAACAUUGGUUUAUCUACAUUUUACUGUCCAGUAGUAGUUUAGCCCAAAUUUAGGAGCAAUUUUAUAAGCCCGUCAGCCAAUUAAGAGAGACCAUCAUCUCAACCUGCCUCUAGGGGAGAGUGAACUAUGGACACAUCUCGAUGCGGGAGAACAAGCCAAACGGUCAAAAUUCCUAGAAAUGCGUGGCUGACAGAUUAAAGUUACUUAAUCCUAAUAUUAGAAUUCCUUUGCAUUUUGCGGCCAAUUAAUACCAUCGCCGUCGGGUUCUGUGGGUGUUUUUUAGUCCUUUACUUUAUUGCGAUAAUAUCACCACUAAAAUCGGAGGAACGUAAUAUAAAAUAGAUUCCACCUUGUCGUGGAGUCGUUUGGAAGUGCGGAUAUUUCAGUCCUUCUUAUCUCCUGGAGUUCACACCUUAUCUCGAGAAAGCUCAGAGUGCUUGGUGAAGCGAGCGUCCCUGCGAGCAAGGCGUCCUACAAAGCCUACUUAAGGAGCCACGACUGAGGGUUUCUGCUCAUUCUCUCUCUCGCCACCGUCGAAGUAUAAAGAAACUUAAAGAUUUCUUGCCAUGGCGAAAACACGAUCUUCUGGACGAGUUUUGCGAUGUCGUAGAAAGUCGUGCGGGAACGCAGACUGUUGUGUCGAUGUAGAAAAGGCAGUUCUAAAAUCAACGAAAAGGGAAACGAAUCAAAAGGCAGCAUCCAUUAUUAAAAGACCUUCGACGUCAAGCCCCAGCUGUACUUUUCAACGUCGAAGUUUCACCUCUGCUCGUCGAAUCAAAACAUGGCGAUUUGUUGAUUUGGCAAAGUCUAACCCUGGGCAAUAUGGAGCUUUUGGAACGGCAAAAUGGUUUCGGUCAUGGACAAACUUCGUCGAUGAGCCAGGGGUCGUCCACCAGGAAAAUGUGAUGAUAUGGUUUGCGCAAUUAAAUGAAAUUUUUCGUAAUUCGCAAUAUGGGAACUCCGAGACGGCAAAGCAAAACAGUCAGCCGACCAGGAAUCAACAGAUCAAGAAGGAAAGGUCGUCAUCGAGAAGCGAGGAAAAAUUAUUCUUGAAAAAAGAGGACAAAUCAUCCUUGAAAAAAGAAGAAAAACCGGCCUUGCGGAAACAGGAAAAAUCAUCCGUGCAAAAGGAGGAAGAAGAAUUGUUCCUGCGAAAGAAGGAAAAAUUGUCCAUCCAAAAAGAAGAAGACUCGCCGAUAGUAAAGAAGGAAUCAGCAACAGUAAAGACGGAAUCGCCAAUAAUAAAGAUGGAAAGAAGAUCAUCGUCGUCCUUGGAUGAUGAGGGAAUCUCCAUUCAGCUGUCAGCCUCCACUACGGAUGUAUCUCACGGAGAUCAAGCUGAUGUCGAGAGUUUGGAGCCAUCAACCGCACCCCCGGAAGAUUCCUACACGUACUUUGCCAUAGUUCCGGAUGGCCAAUAUACUAUAAUUGAUGGUCAAGUCAUUGAGGACUUGACUCACCUAACAAGAUUUAUUGGGGACGACCAAAGUGCUGCUUUGGCUUGCUACCAGCUAAUCAACUUAGGCAACGAAGGCUCAAUGGUUCAACGGUUCAAUGUUGGACAAGGAGCCGAGACUAGCUUCGAACCAGACUUUGGACAAGGAGCCGAGACUAACUUCGAACCAGACUUUGGACAAGGAGCCGAGACUAACUUCGAACCAGAUUCGGGAGUUAGUUUAUCACUGACAGAGAAUGAGGAUGACUCACUUUUGAAUAUUGCACUUGAGGAAUUAGAUAAGUACUUUGAAGGGGUUACCACCGAGGAACUUCUUAAAAUGGUGGCAAACUGUGAGCCAUGAAUAAGUAAAUACUAUUUGUAUUAAUUAUCUUGAAAAUUUAAGAUUCUUGACAUGAACUGAUUAGUAGUAUAAUAGUUUAAAUGUACAAAUAUUCAGGGUUUUAAAACUAACAAUAUGAAUUUUAUGAGUCUUAAACCACUGAUGUUCUAUUAUUUCUAACAAACACAAUCAAUUUGACAAUAAAAUGAACUAAUAUUGAUUGAUUUAUUUAUAAAUUGAGUGUGAUUUAUACUGUUUUAUUUUAAAAUUCGUUAUUUGCAUAGUCAGUAAGCAUUUACUUAUGUCCAUUUACGCAUCGAAACUUGUGCAUUUUUCAUAGCUGAACGAGCAGUGUAAAUCCAGGUCGAUCUUUUUCUAUUUCAUUUUCUGAGGUUGCCGGAUAACUUUUAUGAUUUAAAAAUGAAUGGAAGGGGUAUAGGUGCACAUAUUUUUGGUACAAAACUUUAUUCUAAGUAAAAAGAUUUGUGACUGUAAUACCAGCACUAUAUUUAACCAAUUAUCUCGGUAAUUGGUGCGAAAAAAUCCUGCUCAAAACCUUAGAAAGCAUGUUGACGUCAAUGU